GCCACCAGCCUAUCCUUUACAGCGGAGGCGUGGCUUGCGCUCGCUGCAUGCCUGCUCUCAGCUGUGUGUAUCCUGAAUGAAAGAGCAAGUGAAGCAUUUCCUUGCAUGUCGUGCUCCGCUCACCACUCUGCCUGUGAAAGUGACGUGCAAACUGACUCGAGGCUCUGCACACUGCUCUCCACACCGGGAGUGCCUUUGGAGAGAGUUGGGGGCUGUUUUCUCACUGAGGAGGUCAGUCAAGCAAGGGAUGAUGGAGAGAGCAGCGCAAGACAGGAGAAGGCAAUUUUAAAAUCCUCUGAAUCUUUCAUAAGGUAGCUCUCCAACAUCAAGCUGCGUGGAUGGGUCUCGAGAAAGAGUUGGUCCUGGGAUGUGCUUUUAUCUGGAGCCGGCAGUGACACAGAAACAUAGCCAGAACCAACUUAACAUUCAUCUAAACCUGCGGGUGACUGGCACUGAAUCCUUGUGUCCUCCAAGGAGUUAGAUGUGACCCUGUUGUGGUUAAACUCAUUCUGUGAGCCUCAGAUUAAAAGGACGACAAGCAGGAAAGCAGAGUGCAGCAGAGAGAGGGAGUGGGCACGACUGCUGGGUGCUAUAAUCCCUAAACCCGAUAAGAACAGCACGGAGGCAAAGCAACCCCAAACUACACAAAAGGUAUGUGUGUGUUGGCCUUUCCAGGGGUAUACGACACAGCCUCAUUGUUUUCUCUGCAGCCCCAGUCUCACUGUGUCUGGAUAACCAAGAGGAAGACGAAACCAGCUGCAUAUGAGCAGUUGAUGUGACUGACUUUGGACAUUUGAAAGAGUCCGUCUCACAGGACUUGAACCCAGCCUGCAGAGAUGUCCUCGAACGAACUGAGUGUCGAGAUGGACUCCUGCAUUCGGACAUUCAAGGAGCAUAUGCAUCUAGAGCUGGAGCCCCCCAAGAUCCCAGGUGUGGUGGGAGGGAAGCGGGGCGCUACAUCCCCUAAACUUUCCCCACGGAGCUCCCCGCGGCUCUUCCGCAAGCUGAUGGUCAACAAAAGCAUCAGACAGAGGCGCCGCUUCACUGUAGCACACACCUGUUUUGAUGUGGAGAACGGUCCAUCUGCCAGCUGCAGCCCUCUGGACCCUCAGGCGUCGCCCGGCUCUGGAUUGGUCCUCCACACCAACUUCCCCGGUCACAACCAGCGCCGAGAGUCCUUUUUGUAUCGCUCCGAUAGCGACUAUGAUUUGUCCCCCAAGUCCAUGUCACGGAACUCCUCCAUUGCCUCUGAACUACACGGUGAUGACCUAAUCGUGACACCUUUUGCUCAGGUCCUGGCAAGCCUUCGAAGUGUAAGGAACAACUUCACCGUGCUGACCAAUGUCCAGUGUGCCUCCAACAAUUUUGAUGUGGAGAACGGUCCAUCUGCCAGCUGCAGCCCUCUGGACCCUCAGGCGUCGCCCGGCUCUGGAUUGGUCCUCCACACCAACUUCCCCGGUCACAACCAGCGCCGAGAGUCCUUUUUGUAUCGCUCCGAUAGCGACUAUGAUUUGUCCCCCAAGUCCAUGUCACGGAACUCCUCCAUUGCCUCUGAACUACACGGUGAUGACCUAAUCGUGACACCUUUUGCUCAGGUCCUGGCAAGCCUUCGAAGUGUAAGGAACAACUUCACCGUGCUGACCAAUGUCCAGUGUGCCUCCAACAAGAGGUCUCCUGCAGCCACAAAUCAGCCUGCAGUCACCAAAGUGUGCCUCCCAGAUGAGGCGUACCAGAAGCUGGCCAUGGAGACCAUGGAGGAGUUGGACUGGUGUCUGGACCAGCUGGAGACAAUCCAGACCUAUCGCUCAGUCAGCGACAUGGCCUCCACCAAGUUUAAGAGAAUGUUAAAUCGGGAGUUGACGCACCUAUCAGAGAUGAGUCGGUCCGGGAACCAGGUGUCCGAAUUCAUCUCCAACACCUUCCUAGACAAACAGAAUGAGGUGGAGAUACCAUCGCCGACACCCAAGACGCGGGAGAAGAAGAAGCAGCAGAAGCAGCAACUGAUGACACAGAUCAGCGGGGUCAAAAAGGUCUCCCACGGAUCGUCGCUCUCCAGCAGCAGCAUCUCGCGUUUCGGGGUCAAAACCGAUAAGGAGGAGCUGCUGUCCAAAGAGCUGGAGGAUCUGAAUAAGUGGGGCCUGAAUAUCUUCACAGUUUCCGAAUACUCCAACAGCCGACCGCUCACCUGCAUCAUGUACGCCAUCUUUCAGGAGCGAGACCUGUUAAAAACAUUUAAAAUCCCGGUGGAUACAUUUGUGGCUUACAUGAUGACGCUGGAAGAUCACUACCAUUCAGAUGUGGCCUACCAUAACAGCCUGCAUGCGGCUGACGUAGCCCAGUCCACGCACAUCCUCCUCUCCACUCCAGCCCUUGAUGCUGUUUUCACCGACCUUGAAAUCCUCGCUGCCAUCUUUGCUGCAGCCAUCCACGAUGUUGACCAUCCUGGAGUAUCAAACCAAUUCCUGAUCAACACCAACUCCGAGCUGGCGCUGAUGUACAAUGACGAGUCUGUGCUGGAGAAUCAUCACUUGGCUGUGGGAUUCAAACUCCUGCAGGAAGACAGCUGCGAUAUCUUCCAGAACCUCACAAAAAAGCAGCGACAGUCCCUGCGGAAGAUGGUCAUUGACAUGGUUUUGGCCACUGACAUGUCCAAACACAUGAGUUUGUUGGCUGAUCUGAAGACAAUGGUGGAAACCAAGAAGGUGACAAGCUCAGGAGUGCUGCUGCUCGACAACUACACAGACAGAAUACAGGUGCUGCGAAACAUGGUUCACUGUGCUGACCUGAGUAACCCCACCAAGUCCCUUGAGCUGUAUCGUCAGUGGACCGACCGGAUAAUGGAGGAGUUCUUCCACCAGGGAGACCGGGAGAGGGAGAGGGGGAUGGAGAUCAGCCCCAUGUGCGAUAAACACACGGCUUCCGUUGAAAAGAGCCAGGUGGGUUUCAUCGACUACAUCGUCCACCCUCUGUGGGAGACCUGGGCCGAUCUCGUCCAUCCUGAUGCGCAGGACAUUCUGGACACACUUGAGGACAACAGGAACUGGUACCAGAGCAUGAUUCCCCAGAGCCCCUCGCCGCCCUUCUAUGACCCGGGAACUCACGGACACGGGGGAGGCACCGGCGGGCAAGGAGGUGGGGAGAAGUUUCAGUUUGAGCUGACCCUGGAGGAGGAAGACUUGGAUGGAAUAGAGAAAGACGGUGACGUGGAGGAUGACGAUGAGGAGGCGAUAGAUGAAGAGGAGGAUAGCCUAGAAGAGUCCCGCUCUCCUCCGCUGGACUAUCAGGAUCACGAGGAGUGCGACAUGAUGGAGCCCACGAUGGCCAUAGAGAUCGUGACACACGAGGCCUCACCCACAGACACAUAGGGCAGACGCACAUGCGCCCAUUUGAAAGAGGUUUGGAAAAAGAGGGGAGAUCCUCUUGCGGCUGUGCUUUUUAACAAGGCCGCAGAAGCAAAGGCUUAGUUUUGGCCCCGCACGGGGGCGCGUCUUGCACUCGGGUGUUUUUGAAGCCGGACACGGGCGGACAGUUUCAGAGAAGCGGCUUCAGAGUUCUCAGGAAAUAAUGACUGCAAACAUUAGAGUCUUGAUGGACACACACGGUGGAACGUGAAGGAUUUAGGCCAGUCUGGGAAAUGUAUCUUUCCUGGACCGGCAGCAACUGAACAUUGACACUACUGAGAGAAAUUUUGUAACUUAAGACUUUUUUUUAUAGAUAUGAUAUAGAAAUAGCAGAUAAUAUGAUCUACUGAUGGAGACACGUUUGUAUGGCAAGAGAAAGUGUUUACUUUUUUCCUGUACCAUUUGUCAAAGAACUUUUGUGUGCCUUUUUUACUAAUGUCUUUAUAUAGUUUCUUUUUUAAUUUAUUGAACACUCUAGUGUGUCUGUACAAUGUUUUUCUUAUCUGAGAGGGUAAAACCAUUUUUGUAUGUUUUAAAAAGAACAGUCUUCCAUGUAUUGGGCAAUAGAGAAACAACGUCGACAAACAAACUCCUCUUAGUAGGGAAAUAUAAAUGCGCACAUUUAAAUUCAGUCUGCGUACAACAUUAUUUUAGCUGUGGUUCAUGUUGUUACUUUCGCUUUGAAGCGCGUGUGUGCUUCAAAACGUGUAUGUGAUGAAGAAAAAGUAUUACACUGGACAGCUUAGUACUUUUCUUUCAUAUCAAGUCAGUAAACCUCACGGGCUUCCUAACCGUUCACACCAAAACUGGAAUUUGUGUUGGAUUUUUCAUGUAAGACAAAAGAGAGAAACUCCAAAUGAUAUCAAGCAUCGUCCCAGCGCUACGUGAAAAUGCAGUGGAACCUCGCUUUUUGUCAAUCAAACCGAAACGUGCAAAAAUAAUCAUGUAAAUCCAAUUAAUCCAAUUUGACACCCAAAUAUAUGAACAAAAAUACGUUUUAUAGAGAAUACUUACAGUUUUUACCUGCAGAAAACAAUGCAAAAUACAUGUAAAUGACGCACGCAUUGUUUAUGUGGACUUCCCAUACAUCCUGGCAAGAUCAAAUUCAAUAGGGUUUCUCACCUUCUUUAUGAAAUUGCCGGCACUCGCGGCUUUCUUUGGCCCCAUGGCGGGUCAUUUGGCAGUCGCACUCCAGAAAAAAAAUCUGCAACAUGUAGGGUGUUCUGUUUGGGCACUCGUUUUCGUGGCACGAUACAGUAAAGGGCAAACCGACUAGUUUGUUUCGUGCAAAGAGAACUGAGAUAUGUUUGAAAACUUUUCAUCCAUCCGUCCAUUUUCCAUGCUGCUUAUCCUUAUUAGGGGUAUGCAGGAGCCUAUCCCAGUUGACUUCGGGCGAAAGGCCUGAACUUUUCAAUGAAAACCAACUAUCGGAAAAUUGGUUCCAAACCCGAACUUGAUAAGUGAAUUUCCGAGAAGUAGUGUUCUUUAUUUAUAAAUAGCACAGCAAACCUGUUUACGACCUCCUAAAUACGGUAUUUAACAUUAUUAGCGCCCCCUAGACAUUGAAUAACACCCUUAUAGUCAAUUUUACAUUCACAUUACCCAAUAUAGUAGAAAUAGUAAGAGUAAAUAAGCUGUUUAAGACAUAACAUAGACUGACACGUUAGCAGUUUUUUUUCUGGAAAGCGUACUUGCUGGCUACUGUCUCAUCAAUGUAACAUUACUGACACCUAGUGACCAGUGUAGACUACUACAUCUCACAUCUUUAAAUGCGUCUUCUGAAUGCCUUAUAUUUGUAUUUUUGUUCAUUUAGCCUAUUUUUUAUGCUUGACAAUGCUUAAUUCAGGCCAAGAAUACAUAAAAUGUCCUUAAAUAUGCAUAUUUUUUUUACUUAUAAUAGGUCAUAGUUCACCAUGAAACAGCAAUCAUUUAUUAAUUCAUUUCUUUUUAAAUUUGAACCGCAUAGUGACAAGGGACGACCGUAAGAUGAAAAUUGGGGGAUCCAAAAACCGAGGUUCCGCUGUAUUUUCACAUAACCUAUUCGAGGGGGUUGCACAAGUCAAAGACGAAUCAGUUAAAAUUCACCGAGUUAAACAAACAAACUAGUUUUUCUUCCCAUUUACUCUUAACAGGGGACUUUUUUGAUGGUAAAAUCAAAGAUGGAGUCUGCCAAGGACGACCUGCACAUUGGUCGUGAUUCUAUUUUUAGCUGGCAGGUAUGCUGCAGUCUUAAUAAUCCUGUUAGUUGGAACUAGUCCUGACCCCAGGCCCGUCUGAUGCAACGCCCUCCCGCCCCUGUGCAAUCAGGCCCAGACGACAUGAUUAAAGGUGCUCUAACAGCUGCCGGUGUAAAAGGCGCUCCCAGAGCCUCAUCAGUGCCACUGUUCACUUGGUUUACAAACCCCCAGGCUCCAUCCACACAACCCAAAACAAUCAGGCCAGCUAUUUUAUUUUUUGCUAUGAAAAUCCCUCAAGUGCUGCUUCCUCCCUUUUGACGUCAUUGUUCCCUCCUCCCCCCGCUCCCGCUGCAUCAGGUUUCCAGGGCAGUUUAUUAUGAGUUGACACAGAUAGACAUGAUAGAAGUACUUGAGGGAAAUGAGGUGCUGUAUUUUGAAAGAAAACUGGAAAACACGAUUUCUGUAUUUAGAGAUAAGGGUUUGUAGAUCUUGCUUCCACAACCAAGUUAAUGAUCACAUCUUUUUAUGCAUACAUCUUGUUUACUGACGUCCGAAAAUGGUACUUCACCAAACUUGGCUCCGAUAGUUAACUGGCAAUCGUUAGUGUGUCGUAUGAAAGUGCAGUGUGGGAGGUUUUGUACACGGUGUGUGUGUUUAGUGUGUUUAGAUGUGUUGACCAUUGGGCCUUAUCCUUCUUCCCAUCACGCCUCACCUUUGUCUAUAACUCUUUGUCGAUAGAAGCUCAAGUUGGUCUUUUUUGCUGUUUAUAACAGUGUAUAUUUAUUCUAUACUUUAAGCAUGUAAAUAAGACAUACUGGUUUAGUGUAAAAUCUAUUUUAAUUUAUAUGCACUUGCAUUACCUGAAGGUGAUGUCUAACAUAUAUAUAUAUGUUAUAUGUAUAUAUACAUGUAACAUAUAUAUAUAUAUAUAUAUAUAUAUAUAUAUAUAUAUAGUAUGUAUUAUAUAUUGUUAUAUAAAUAUAUAAUAUAAACACAACAUUGUGUAUAUAUCAUUCACAAUGUUUGGAGUGCCCAGCAGAGCAGGAGCUAAAGGAAUGUUGUCACAUGACAACCUUGUAACUCCAAAGUUACUUUCGUUGCAAUGCUGCAUUCACAAAUUUAAUAACCGAACACAUUCAAUCCCCCAAAAAAUAAUGAUCUCUUUUCAAAAUACAUCUUCUUGUAGAACAUUUUUCUUGUAGCAGCGUCCUAAUUUGACUUUCUAUUUAUUGUAUUUAAAGCGGGAUCAAUAAUACGUUUGAAGGUACAAGGUUGUCAUCUGGCAGCGGUUCGGUGACCCCCAUGCGACACAGAGGACAUGUCGGAAUACGGAUGCAUCGUCGUUGCUUUGUAUCCGAGCGCACAAAUGGCUUACUUUAUCGCUGCAGCUUCUAUUUGACAUAUUUGAAUGGCAAUCGCUAAUACGCGGCAGGUUUGACAAACACAACAACACAAACUUGUCUCCUUUUACACUUAUUGCACAUCACGUGAAAGUAUUGGUGGCAUGCUACAAUACGCACGGCACUCAAUCGAUCUGAGUUAACAACAAAAUAUGGUCUUCUGUAACUGAUUGUGCUACUGUGUGAACUGUUCCUGACCAAACUUUGAAAUACAAAUUUGUUCAGUAUUAGCAUUGUUUAGUUAUGUUCAUGCUUUUCUGGUCCUAGUUGUGUCCAAAUGGUUAGCCUGAUUUAGCACUAUCUGCAUGAGAGAUGGUUUUUGUUCUUGUCAAUAUUACAUUUAGGUCCGCCCCUGGUUGCAGGUGGGUUAAUAAAUGUUUCACACAAUGUAUGGCAUUAUAUUGUAUAUUGUGUUCAAAAGUACAUCUGAGAUCAUUUUUCUAAGAAGUGAUUAAAAGCAUGACU